AUGAACGGCGCACUUCUUACAGCAAGUCUUUGCCUGCUCUGGGCCUCAAUGGUUUCCUGCAACAGGCUGGUGUGUUACUACAACAGCGAAGCAGCCACCAGAGGCCCUGGCGGCCAGUUACUCCCAGCAAACAUUGAUCCAAAUCUGUGCACCCACAUCAUUUUUGGUUUUGCCUCCGUUGAUAACACAAAAGAACUCGUUCCUACUCAGGCCUCGGACACAACCCUCUAUACAGCAUUGAACAGCCUUAAAUCCAGCAACGCACAAUUAAAGACUCUGCUGGCUGUAGGCGGCCCGGGCUUUGACAGUCAAAAGUUCCAUUCAAUGGUGGCCUCGUCCAACAGCAGAAGUAGAUUCAUCGCUUCAGCCAUUUCACUUCUUCAAACCUAUAACUUUGAUGGACUUAACCUGGACUGGCGCUAUCCUGGAGACGCAACCAAGCAGGACAAGAAUCGAUUCGUUUCUCUCUGUCAGGAACUCAGAACUGCUUUUAAUGCAGCCUCUCCACGUCUGCUCCUCUCUGCCAGUGUGUCUGCUGAAAAGACUAUGAUUGUCAACAGUUAUCCAACUCCUGUCGCCUUGGCCAAUGCACUGGAUUUCAUCAAUGUUUUGACAUUUGGCUUUCAUGAUCCAUCAUCAGCAGUAACAGCACAUCACAGUCCUCUGGGGGCACUGUCCUCAAAUGCUGCAGAUACUAAGACCACGGAAUAUGCAAUGAACUACUGGGCCUCAGAUCUCGGGGUCCCAGCAGCAAAGCUCAACAUGGGGAUAGCAGCGUAUGGAGUGGCCUUUAACCUCACUGACCCCAGUGUGAGUGGACCUGGGGCCGCUACGUCUGGUCCUGCAGAGGAGGGCUGCUUUGGGGGCCCGCCUGGGAUCUGGUCCAAUUAUGAGAUUUGCCUCUACACUGAUGGAGCAACUGGGCAGUGGAUCGCAGACCAGAGCGUUCCGUACGCAGUCGAAGAAGGACAAUGGGUUGGUUUUGACAACACUGCCAGUAUUGAUGAUAAGGUUACACACAUCACCACUAAGGGCUAUGGGGGAGCGGUUGUGUGGAGCCUGGACCUGGAUGACUUCACCGGAAGGUUUUGUAAAGAUGGAAAUAACCCCUUCAUAAGCCACCUGAAAGACCAACUAGAUGCUGCGUCCACACCCAAUGCAGGAAGUGUCUGCAGUGGAGGGAGUGGACGCUUCCCAAACCCGGCGGACGAGACCACCUUUUAUAGCUUCUCUUGCAAUAAUCUGGUGUGUUACUACAACCGAGAAGCCGCCACCAGAGGCUUCACUCCGGCCAACAUUGAUCCAGGUCUGUGCACCCACAUCGUCUUCGGUUUCGCAGCUGUCAACAACCAAAAUGAACUCACAGCCACCGCACCUACAGACACGGCGCUGUUUACAGAACUGAACAACCUCAAAAACAGUAACGCAAACCUGAAAACUCUGCUCGCUGUUGGUGGCCCUGCCUUUGACAAUCAGAAGUUUUCAUCCAUGGUGGCCUCUUCCAAAACCAGAAGUUCAUUCAUCACUUCAGUUAUUACCUUUCUUCAGAGCAAUGGGUUUCAUGGACUGAACCUGGACUGGCGCUAUCCUGGGGAUGCAAACAGCCAGCCACGGGACAAGGAUCGAUUCACAAGCCUUUGUCAGGAGCUCCAAACCGCAUUUAAAGCUGAAUCACCAACGUUGAUACUCUCUGCCAGUGUGUCUGCAGACAAGGCACUGAUUGAUGAUAGUUAUGAAGUCGCAUUGAUUGCUGCGUAA